UGUCGAACAGUCGACCGUAGCCUUUCGUGUGGAACACAGUGUAAUUGGUGGUUUUCAUAUACAAUUGUUACAAUUUUGUUAUCUUAAAUAAUUCAUUUACUUUUCACAAUGGCGUACAACCUGGUAAAGAUUGCCAAAACUACCUCUUCAUAUUCUGGAAACCUUGCUAAAACCGCCCUUCGUAGUAUCAGCACAACGAGCACCGUCUUUGAGCCUCGCCGUUUGCCGGAUAAAACAGGAAAAAAUGUAGUCCUCGUAGAUGGCGUUCGUACGCCGUUCCUGACAUCCGGCUCGGACUACUCCAAACUGAUGCCACACGAACUCGCCCGCCAUUCGCUCCUGAGCCUUUUGCGCAAGACAAAAGUCGACAAGGAAGUGAUUGACUACAUUGUGUACGGAACGGUCAUCCAAGAGGUGAAAACGUCGAACAUUGCACGCGAGGCAGCGCUUAGCGCCGGAUUCAGCAAUAAAACUCCGGCCCACACCGUUACGAUGGCGUGCAUCAGCUCGAAUCAAGCCAUAACUACCGGGAUGGGGCUGAUCGCUACCGGAACAUACGAUGCAAUCGUGGCCGGUGGUGUCGAGUUCAUGUCCGAUGUACCUAUUCGCCACAGCCGCAAGAUGCGCUCGUUAAUGCUGCGUGCGAACAAGGCGAAAACGAUGGGCCAACGUCUGCAGCUGCUGUCUACGAUUCGACCAGACUUCUUCGCUCCCGAGCUUCCAGCUGUGGCCGAGUUUUCAUCCGGCGAGACGAUGGGACAUUCGGCCGACCGGCUGGCAUCGGCUUUCAACGCUUCGCGCCAGGAGCAGGACGAUUAUGCCCUACGUUCCCACACGCUUGCCAAGGAGGCACAGGAUAAAGGCUAUUUCACCGAUUUAGUUCCCUUCAAAGUGUCCGGCGUAGACAAGACGAUCGAGAAGGACAAUGGAAUCCGUGUGUCGUCCAAGGAAGCUCUGGCCAAGCUUAAGCCUGCCUUCGUAAAGCCUUACGGUACCGUGACGGCUGCCAACGCGUCCUUCCUGACGGACGGCGCUUCAGCAUGUCUGAUCAUGACCGAGGAGAAGGCCAAAGCUCUCGGUCUGCGCCCGAAGGCAUACCUGCGCGACUUCUUGUACGUGUCGCAGGAUCCAAUUGAUCAGCUGCUGCUUGGACCGGCCUAUGGUAUUCCGAAAUUGCUGAAAAAGGCCGGCCUUACGAUGAAAGACAUUGACUCGUGGGAAAUUCACGAAGCUUUCGCUGGACAAAUUAUUGCCAACCUCAAAGCACUCGAUUCGGACUACUUCUGCAAGAACUAUCUGGGACUUAACGAGAAGUUCGGCAACCCCGAUAUGACCAAGUGGAACAACUGGGGGGGAUCGCUCUCAAUUGGACAUCCGUUCGCCGCCACCGGAGUUCGUUUGUGUAUGCAUACGGCAAACCGUUUGGUGCGUGAAAAUGGACAACUCGGUCUCGUGGCGGCCUGUGCUGCUGGUGGACAAGGUGUUGCUAUGCUUCUGGAACGACACCCCGAAGCCAAUGCAGAGUAAAACACAGCGCCUUCCGAACUAGUUUAAACAGGAGAUCAUUGGAGCAAGCGAAAAUUGUGGUCGAGAAAUUACGUUUUUUUUUCUUCUCCUGCUUUUUGUGUUUCAUGUACUCUUCCCUCUGUUACAUGUACAUCUUGUCGAUUAGAACAGAUCCUAGAAAGUAAGUUAGCACACCAGAGUAAGAAAACCAACGCUUUCUUUUGUAUGUACUACUAUUUAGUUUUUUUUCCCAUCGUGCAAAUGGGCUAAAAAAGUGAAUCGCGAUGGUGCCGAAGAAUAUCCCCUUUUAUAACUGGAGACUUCCAUUUCAUUUCAAUCGAGUACACUCUCGGAUAGAAGGGAGGAUGAGUUAAUCUAUGAUUUUCCAUUUUAUGUUUUACUACGGCUAGCUCAAUAUAGCGAGCAACGGGCAUCACUAGGAUGUAGUAUAUAUUAUACUUACUUUCUAUAUAUUUUUGUUUUCCGUUAGCUUUAAAAUUAAUCCAUCAUGAUGUUAAGUU